UACUCUCUGCCAAGCCAGUGACUUGAAGCAGAUCUGCAGUAGGAUCCCUGUUUCCCUCCUCCAGGUGUUCCCUACUGGGCUUGUGCGUUGACGCACAAAGUUCGCGCCGCUUCCGGUUCCGGUUGCUACUGUGGAAAAAUGGCGGCUGCCAUAGCGGCCUCCGUAUUGCCGGGCUUUUUCGGGCGGCUGGUGUCUGUGUGUAGGCGUAGCAUCUUGGCAUCCCAGGGACCCGGACCUGCCUCUCUCUGGUCUGCUUCUCGAAGGUUCAAUUCACAGAGUGCUUCAUAUCCACAAGGAUAUGUUCCUAAGACUUCCCUGAGUUCACCACCCUGGCAAGAAGUGGUUCUGCCGGACCCUGCUGAAGAGACUAGACACCAUGCAGAGGUUGUGAAGAAGGUGAAUGAGCUGAUCGCUGCGGGCCAGUACGGCCGACUCUUUGCUGUCGUGCACUUUGCCAGCCACCAAUGGAAGGUGACCGCUGAGGACCUGAUUCUCAUUGAAAAUGAGCUGGACAUCAAGUGUGGAGAGAGGAUUCGGCUGGAGAAGGUCCUAUUGGUUGGGACAGACAACUUCACACUCCUCGGCAAGCCACUCCUCGGAAAGGAUCUCGUACGAGUUGAAGCCACAGUCAUUGAAAAGACAGAAUCAUGGCCCAAAAUCAACAUGAAAUUUAGGAAAAGGAAAAACUUCAGGAAGAAAAAAAAUGAUGGCUUCAGGGAGGCAGUUCUCCUGUGGGGUCCUGGAGAUCCAAGAGCACAGGUGUGAGGACCCACUCCGGCAAGCUGCUAGUGAAUGCCAAUGGCUGGCAGCAUCUUACCACAUCAUCUUAGGAAAUGAUUUCUGAGCAAAGAUCAUUUGAUCAUUUUCAAGUAAAACCAUGGGGCAAGUAGAUGGCUUAGUUAAUACCCUGCUUGUCUCAUAACCAUAAGGAUCCGAGUUUGAAUCCCCGGCACCUACAUAAAAUCAGGUGUGGACUGCUGGAUGGCCCAGCAGGCAAAGGUACCACACCCUAACAACCAAAGUUUUAUCCCAGGACACACAUAGUAGGAAAAGAGAACGGAUUUCCCCAAGUUGUUUUCUUACCUCCACAAACAUGCUCUGUCACACACGAGUCCCACACACGCACACACACGACAAAGUGAUUUUUUAAAGCUUGGCAGUCUUACUGCUCAGGCUGCAGAGAUGGGAGGACCCCUGGGGUUCACAUCUUAUCUGGCUGAAUUUGUGUGUUCCAGAUGCAAUGAGAGACCUUAUAUCAAAAACAAAAGCAAGAUAGAGAGUUGGGCAUGGGAUGCAUGCCUUUAACCCCAGCAGUCAGAAGGCAGAGACAGAUCUCGAGUUCAAGGCCAACCUGAUCUACACAGCUCCAAGUAAGCCUUCUACUGGUGAGACCCUGUCUCAAAAGGUAGGGGAAACAGGACAGAAGCAGAAAGCCAGGCUUGGUGGCACCCACCUUUAAUACCAGCACUUGGGAUGCAGAGGUAGGCUGAUCCUUAUGAGUUUGAAGCCAGUCAAAGCUACAUAACAUGUCUCAAACAACCCCUCCCAAAACAAAAACAAUUUAAAAUAAACCCACAGUAGGUGGGCCAGUGAGAUGACUCAGUAGCGUUGAUUGGACAAUGCUAAAGACCUGGGUUCAAGCCCUAAAACCCACAAAAGGUACAAGGAAAAAACUGAUUCUGUUGUCUUGUCCAACCGCCACACCAGUGUGUGGCACAUGUGAACCUACAUGAACAUGUGCACAUACACACCACAAAUACACAGAACAUACACAAAAUAAUACAUCACAUGGUGUUAAGGCCACCAUGCAUAACAAGAGACAACAGAGGGCCAACAAGAUACCACCCUGAUACACAAAGUACAGGGCUCAGGCUUGUACGCAGCAGGGAGGCUCAUGGGCAUGGGGUGGGGGUGGGGCUUUCCCUCACCUCCUGGGGAUCCUGAUCUAUUCAGAAUACAUUCAGCUCUCAAGGCUGGGGACCAGACAGCAAACAAAUCCGUAGGACUCACUUCCCUCCAGCUCUGAGCUGCAGUACCUUACAGUCCACAUAGGCAGAUUCUGCCAGAGGCUGCUGCCUACCUGACCCCUGGCUGUCCUUUCAAACCCUGUCUAUCACAGCCAUGGUAACCACUGCACAUGUCUUCCAGAGCUGGCAUCUGUCUUCAUCUCAUUUCCGGACCUAGAGCCCCUAAAACCAUGAGACUCUCCGGAGGAACGGGAUUGGCUUUUGCUAUCUGCAGUGAGUCUACUGUUUCGUUUCAUUUGACAUGGGCUCUCACUACAUACAUCAGGCCAGUCUCACAAUGCUCUUCUUAGCCUCUCCAGUGUCGGGGUUGUGGGUGUGAACACUACCCAUUGGCCACACCCGAGUUUAUGGUGUUGAGGGGACUUAUGGGGUGGGAUGGGCCAGAAGCAAGGAUAAGUGGUUGGCACCCAGCCUUUGGCAAGAGCAGAAUUGGAAAUUAGGUUCUAUGACAACACAACUAUGUGUAUGCAUAACACAACACACACACACACACACACACACACACACACACACACACACACCCUUACCUCUAAAGAGGCUGUCUGAGAAGGCUCCGGACUCCUUGGUAAGGAAGCUGCCUGCUGGUGCUUCAAAACCCCUAUGAAACCUGGCUGGAGCCACUCCUGAAUAGAGGGAGCGGGUGUAGUGCUUUGAGAGGACUGUGCAAGCCAGAAUGUGUAAACAAUCCACAGAAAAGUAUCAUGUCUCUUAUACCUGGAUGUUUCUGGGAAGAGAAAUUGGGCAGCUGGAACACUUCCCCCACCUCAUGCUGUAAAGCCAAACCCUGAAGGAAGGACUAUGGAAUUCAGGCAGCAGGUGUGUCUGACUAGUUGGCUCGGAGAUGAAGGCAUUUUUUUUUGGAGCAGCAAAUGUUCCCCUGGUUGUAGUGUAAAACGAGCAGAUUUCAGGUUUAGAUCUUCAUGCCCCCUAAAGGCCCACGGAUUAAAGGUUUGAAUCCCACGGUGGUGGCAGUUAUUAGGAGGUGGUAAAAGCUUUAAUAGGUGGAACCUGGCAGGAGGAAGUUAGGUCAUCGGGGUUGUGCCCUGAACGGAGGUCACAUCCAUUAGUGUUGUUACUGUGACAGAGUAGCGUACAAAAACAACUUCCAGAGGGAAGAAUCUUUUCUUUAACCCAGGGUUGAAGGGACAAAGUCCAUCAUGGGGCACAGUCACAGCGGCAGGAAAGGGAGGUGGCUGUCACAUUGCUCCCAGUCAGGAAGCCGAGAGGUGAUGCUCAGCCCAUUUUCUGUGCUAUGCAACCCCAGCUCUAGGCAGGUACCCCCUCCUCACCUGAUGAAAUAUGUCCUCCAGGUGAUUCCAAAUCUUCACCAUGAAGGAACCAUCAAGGGAGAGGAGAACCCUCCCCAGCCCCCUCCAUCUUUUUGGCUUCUCUCUUCUACUCUCACAUUUUCUCCUCAGUUCUGUGAGGGGAGCGGCCUCCUCUGCCACAGGCUGUCUUGCCUAGACUCAGGCCUGAAGCCAUGGGGCCAGCCCUGCAUGGAAGAAACCCUCAGAAACUGAGCCACGUGGAACUUUUUUCCCUUUAAAUAGGUUUUCUCAGAUGUGUCGUCAUAGUAACAGAAAGCUACUUGUUGGGCCACCCUGUCCCGCGAGCAGUUAUUAACUAGACAUGCAGAAUGCCAGCCCGUGACCCCUGAGCCCUCACACUGACAGAACAUAGAGGCAUGGAAGGGUGGAAACAGCCUGUACGAGCCCUUGCUCCUCUUCCAGAAGCCCAGAGCUCAGUUCCCAGCACCCACUCCAGGCAUCUCACAAGAACCUUUAGUUACAGCUCCUAGGGAUCCAUUGCCUUUGUCUGGCACACACACACACACACACACACACACACACACACACACACACACACACCACUCACAUGAGAGCAUAUACACACUUGAAGAAAGAAAUCUUGGGGGCUAGAGAGAUGGCUCAGAGGUUAAGAGCACAGACUGCUCUUCCAGAGGUCCUGAGUUCAAUUCCCAGCAACCACAUGGUGACUCACAGUCAUCUGUAUGUAACUCUGGUUCCCGGGGAGUGCGGUGUACAUAUAUAAUCGUAGAUUAACAGUCAUACAUAUAAGAUAAAGUUAAAUCUAAAAUGUUUUAAAUGUAUUCACUUCUGUGGGUGAACGUUUUGCCUGCGUGUAUGCAUGUGCAUGCCUGGUGUAGACAGGUGUCUGAUCCCCUGGAACUAGAGUUUUAAGUCAUUGAGAGUCACAGAUGGGGAUGCUGGGAACUGAACUCAGGGCCCCUGCAAGAGCAGACAGUCUUAACUGCUGGGCCACCGCUCCAGUUCCAGGCUCACCGUUACGGAGGAUCUCCAGCUGGUAGGCAGAGCUGCUGUGAUUGAAAUGGUUCUGGCCUCUCUGCUCCAAGGACAGUGUUCUAGGGCAUACUCCCUGAGGUAGAAAACAGCAGUAAGUAAAUCCCGCCUCCUGCAAAAAAGACAGACACAUAGAAAGGCUGUAAUUCUUAGCCUAAAAUAACACCUCAUUUUAAAUUUUACUUGUGUAUGUGUGUACAUGUGCCACGAGAGGUUGUCUGAUCCCCUGGAAUUGUUUGCUGCCAGACAUGGGUGCUAGGAGCCAAACUCGAGCCCUCUGGAAGAGCCCCUUCUCCAGUUCCAUGGUUGUUUUUGGAAAUCUUCCUUAUAUCAGAAUCCCGGAGCCCUUCACACCCUUGGUCCCGCCUUCCCAGCUGAGAGCCUGUGGGUGCAGGGCUGAAUGAAACCAAAUGAAGCUUGAUGCUCGUUCCCAAGGCCUGGUAGACCAAGGGUACCUCUCCCACCACCCGGCCCAGCACAGUGGCCAAGUGUGAUGUCCCUUGUAUAGGUGGUAAAGUUGGGGUCCAUGGCGAGUGAAGGAGAAUCAUACCUGAAGAAAUGAACUUAGGCCUAAAAGCAGAGUGUCCCCUCUUACAUGCAGCCUGUAAGCAGGGCGUCCCCUCUUACAUGGAGGCCUUGAAUUUGGCUCAGUGAGUAAAGGCUCUUGCAACCUAAACUGAUGACUGAGUUCGAUUCCCCAGCCCCGCAUGGUGGAAGGAGAAAACCGACACUUGGGAGGGGGCCUCUGACCUCCACAUGUGCACCAUGCCAUUUGCGUGUCCACAUACCAUACCAUACACACACAACAGAGAAAACCUAAUAAUUUCUACAAACAAGGAGCUAUGUAGCUCAUUUCUGCCAGACUCCUCGGAAGGUGAAGGCCAUGUAUGGAGGGGCCCACAGCUGUCUCUGGAAACUGGUAAAACCCAACGGAAGCCUGCAACGUCAGGCGGCCCUCCCAGGAAGUGUGUGCAGUUGAUAUGUUCACAGUCUGGAUUAAUUAUUCCUUUUUGUUUGUUUAUUUGCUUUAAUUGUUUUUGUUUAUUUUAUGUGUAUGAGUGUGUUACCACAUGUAUGUCUGGUGUCUUUGGAGGUCAAAAGAGGGAGUCUUGGAAACUGGGGUUAUGGUAUGAACUGCAGUGUGGGUGCUGGAAAUCGAACCCUGGUUCUCUGCCAGAACAAGUGCUCCUAACCGCCGAGCUCUCUCUCCAGCGCCAUGCUUGCUCUGUCUUCGUGAAACAGGAUCUCAUGUAGCCCACUGGAUCUAAACUCACAAUAAGAAUGGCCUUGAACUCCUGUCUUCCCACCUCCAUCUCAUGUGAGCUAAUCCGAGAGAGAGAGAGAGAGAGAGAGAGAGAGAGAGAGAGAGAGAGAGAGAGAGAGCUAGCUAGCUAGUGCUGGGAAAUCCCUAGGGAUUUUUUCAGACACAGAUAGAUAUACAGAUAGAUGAUGAAUUUGUUAUUAAUAAGUAGGAUGGUAGAGAUAGGCAAUGGACAAAUGGACAAAUGGAAGGAUUGGUGGACAGAUGAUACAUAGAUAUAUGUUGGAUGGAUGGAUGGAUGGAUGAAUGGAUGGACAUAUAUGAUGGAUGGAGAGUUAGGUGGAUGAAAGAUGAUGAAUAGGUAGAUAGAUGGACAGAUGAGUAGGUAGACAGAUGAUAGAAAAGUCAAUGAUACCUGAUAGAUGGAAAGUGAGAGACAGAUAAGUGAGCAGGUGAUUGAUAGCACUAGAUAUCUAGGUGACGGAUGAUAUAGUGGUUAAGAGAUAAUGGGUGGAUAGGCAGGUAGAUUGUAGACAUCAAUAGAUGAGAAGGGGGGAGAAGAGAGAGAGAGAGAGGAGUGAGGGAAUCAUUACAGCAGAUGCUAGAUGUUUGAGAGAUGGCUCAUAGGCAGCUAGAUGAAGCCUGUGUCUGAAGUAAAAUCUGCUAUUUUAACCAUUUGAAGUCUUUCACAGAACGGAAGAGCCUAUGUUGUCCUGGAGGACUCUGCAGGGCUGGCCCAAGGCCAACAGGAAACAGUAGGUAUCUGACCAUCUCUCCCUCUGUACACACCACCCCAGGCCUAAUACAUCAAGCCCUGUUUUAGAGAGGAUUGAGUCUCCAAGGUUCUGGAGAGUUAUGGCUUCAAAGAAUGCAUGGAUUGAACUUUCUAAAAAUCCCCUUGUGUAGUUUGGACUCUAAGGUGCUUGACUAGAAUGCAUGAAGCCCAGGUUCCGUCCCCAACACCGCGUUAGCUCUCAGGGUGUGGGAGACAGAAGGUAUGUUCUGUCAUUCCAGAACUUAGGUAGAGACAGAAGAAUCAAGAGUUCAAGUUCAUCUCAACUGUACUGAGAGUUUGUGGGCAGCACGGGUAAGAUUCUGCCUCAAAUAACAAAGUGGUGUGUGUGUGUGUGUGUGUGUGUGUGUGUGUGUGUGUGUGUGUGUGUGUGUGUGUGUGUAGAGGCUGAUGUGGGAAUUCCAUCCUGGAUCUAUUCUCCAAUGAGCCUCUGAGAUCCACCUGUGUCUACCACCCAGUGCUGGGGUUACAAGCACUCACUGCCCUGCCCAGCUUUUACUUGGGUGCAGGGCAUCCAAAGCCAAGUGAUUGGGUUUAUACAGCAUUUGCUCUACCCACUGAACUCUCCCCCGUACUCCCAAUCUAUAAGUGGGGUUCAUUAUUAUUCAAGCUGUCAGGACUGUGACAAGAUAGUGAACAAGUUAUUAGAGAAUGUCCCCAGUGUACCAGGGACAGGGGUCAAGCACAGGGAGGCAAGCGAGGCAGCUCCCACUACCUCGUAGCAGACAGUAGGGAUGUUGAUGCCUGGGAUGGGACAGGAGAAGAUGGGGAGGAAUCCCCAGGCAGAGGAAACAAGAAACAGAAAGGUCCUGGGGCUUCAGAGUGGUAAGGCUCAGUGUUCAAGAUCCUUAUGAUGAUAGGGAGGAGGUGACACCUCAAACAGGAACUCCAUGGGUUAGACUGCCCCUGUGGUCAGAACCAACAUGGGCUUGGUCUCUGUGUCACGUGGCUCCUGGGUGGAGGUCUCAGACUUAGAUACAACAAAAUGCAGCUUGCAGAGCCCAGGGGAUCAUUUCAGAGUCCAGAAGCUUCUAGCUUUUGUUGAAACCAGCACACAGUGGGCUCUCAGUAAACAUUAGUUCGAAGCCAGGCGUAAUGAGUGGGCCCUAUAAUCCUAGCACUAAGGAAGCCAAGUCAGGAGGAUUUCCAUGAGUUCAAGAGCAUCCUGGGCUACACAAACAAGUCUCACAAGCCUGGGAUACAUAGAGGGGUCAAGCUAGCCUGGGCUACAAAGCGAGACCUUGGAUCCAAAGAAAUAGAAGCUAGAGAUAGAUGAUGGUGCACACCUCUAAUUCCAGUGCUCAGGAGGCAAAACCAGGUAGAUUUCUAUGAGUUCGAGACCAGCCUGUUCUGUACAUAUAGGCCAACCAGGGUCACAUAGAAAAACCUUGUCUCAAAAGGGGACAGGAUUGGAGAGAUGGCUCAGUGGUUAAGAGCACAGUCUGCUCUUCCAGAGGUUCUGAGUUCAAUUCCCAGCAUCCACAUGGUGGCUCACAACCAUGUGUAAUGGGGGUCUGAUCCUCUCUUCUGGUGUAUCUGAAGACAGCAACAGUAUACUCAUAUGCAUGAAAUAAAUAAAUCUUUUUUUAAAAAAAAAAGGUUUAAAAAAACCAAGACCUGUACUCGAGUGAUAGUUCAAUGGAUAAAGUGCCUGCUAUAUAUGGAAGCCCUCUGGUCAGCUCCCCAGAACCUGCCAGUCACAGCAGCAUGCAUUCCUAACCCCAGUGCCUGAAAUAUAGACACGUGGAUGCCUGGGACUCACUGGCCAACCAGCCUAUACCUUUCCAGCAAGUUCCAAGGGUCUUGAGAGAACCUCUCUCACAAAGCAAAGUGAACAGCUCUUAAGUAGGCAGUCCUCUUCCUCCACAUGCACACAAAGUACAUGUGUGCAAAGAUACCCACACAUGUAAACAUGUAUGCAGCUAACCAUGCCUCUGCUGGGCACGGUGGCCACACACGCCUGUGAAGUCAGCACCUGGGAAACAGACCUGAGAGGACCAGCUCACCGUUGCUCUCACAAUAGGAAAUGGCGCUGAGGAACAGAGGCCAGACACAACCGCCACACAUUGUGUGACUUGAUUUCUAUGAAGCCCAUUCUACGAAAUGUCCAGAAUAGGCGAGUUCACAGGGACAGAAAACAGACCAGUGGUCACCUGGGGCUGACAGAGGGCAGAGCGUGGGAGUGACUGCUGAUGGUAGGGGUUUCCUAUGCAAUAGUGGCAUGUUUCUGAAACAGAUGAAGCUGGUGGCUACAGGGCUCGUUAAAUAUAGUAAACCCCAGCCGCAGAUGCAGGGGUUGUGUCAGGUGCUGGUCACACGUCAGCGAGGCCAGUUGCUUGUUUGGCUUGGUUUUGUUCUUGUCUAUUCAUUUUGUUUUGUGGGUCUUUUGAAGCAGGGUUUCCCUAUGUAGCCAUAGCUGGCCUCGAACUUGCUAUGUGGGCCAGGCUGACCUGGAACUUGCUGAACUCCUCCUACCUCUGCCUCCUGCCUUCUGGAAUUACAAGCAUGUAACACCAAAGCCUUAUACUUGUUGUAUUACUUCUCUUUGUGUGUUUGUGUGUGUUUGUGUACCCCAGCAUGCCUGAGGGGGUCAGAGGACGACUUGCAGGAAUUGGUUCUCUCCUUUUUUUUUUGAAGACAGGGAGUGUUUCUUGCUGCCCACGGCCUCACCAGUGAGGGUAGGCUGGCUGGCCAGCAAGCCCAGGGAUCAACCUCUUCCUUUCUCACCAGUGCUGGGCCUAUAAGCACACAUCACCACAUCUGCUUUUUAACUGGAUUUUGGGGCUCUCACAGUGGCAUAGCAUGUGCUUUACAGGCUGAGUCAUUGCCCUAGCCUCCUGACAGCAGUCACUAAUGGACAGACCUCAUCCAGUCACUUGGAGGGAUACAAGGGACACAGAUAUUGAUCUUUCUUCAGGCCAACUGCCUUGACCUUGGAGAAUCACUGUCCUUGCCUUUGAACUCACACUGCAAAGUCUCCCUGCUUGGUUCUCAAGCCCAUCGGCCUUCAGAGGCAAAUGCACGAUCCCCAGCUGCAGAGGGCAGGUCACGGUGGUUGGCAUGUGAACCCACACACAUGCAUACAUACUCAUUUGCUAGUAUGCACACAUCAGCACACAGGACACCCAUAUCUCUGUUUAGGCCAGCCUCUUCCAAUGGCCUAAUAAAGAAGACAGCUUGGUAGCAGGCAUCGACAGGUCUCGUUCUGCACAUGGCCUUGACCCAGCAAUCAGUUCUGAUAGCCUGACAUAGAGCAGCUGACCUUUCAACAGUUAUUCAGGGCCAUAGUUAUCUAUGACAGGAAAAGAGCUUGAAGACCCCUCCUGUUUCAGGGAACAAGUUAAUUGUAGUCAAAUAAAGCCACAGGAGGGGACACUCUUAGUAACCAGUAAGCCAAGUGGAGCAUCUGUGAAGCUGUAUUUACUAAAGAUCUAUAACUAAAUGUUACAAGCUGGUGGGAGCUGGCCAUAGGACAAAGAAAUGAUUUAAACUGCAUUAUUUUGGCUAAGCGGGGUGAGUACACACAUCUGUAAUUCCAGCACUCCAGAGGCAGAGGCAGGCUCAUCUCUGAGUUCAAGGCCAGCCUGGUCUACAUAGAGAGCUCCAAGAUUCUGCCUCAAAAAUAAAUUAAUUAAUCAAAAUUUAAAAGUUAAAGUCAAGUAAAUCUGUUUGUUUUUCCAGUUCUGUUUUUCCCGUUGGGGGAUUUUCUCUCCCUAUAGUGAGUACUUAUUUGGUUUGCAAUUUUAAAGUUAACACAAGGAAGCUUGGUGGUCCACAGUUGUGAUUCUAAAAUUCAAGAGGCAAACCACACAUCAAGUUGAAGGCCAGCCUAGAUUACAUAUAGAACCGGCCAGUCUCUUAACAAACAGUAGAACCUUGGGGCAAGGUGCAGGCACUGAGGAUUGGUGUUGCCAGCCCAGAGUGCAGGCCUGAUCUAGAGCAGGAAUCCUGGCGUAUGCAGCUGCCCUAUGGGAGCUCAAUGUGCCUGGGGGUGGGGAACCCACUGCAGUCCCUAACCCAUCCCAGUGGCCUGCACAGGACUCGGGCACCUUCUAAUUCUCUGCAUGGGGGUGGGGGGACGCCCAAGUGGCCGGUUCCUCCUGCAAUCUGACUCUGACCCUGAAAAAAUGGCCUGUGUCCACCCACUCACCCCCUCAAACCCCUCAUCCUUGAGCCCUCCCAGGCACAGACCCUAGUUCCUGGCCUGGCCACCCUGACUCCCCCUCCCCAGCACAGUGGCUUACAAAGAAAAUACACUUAUGGUUCAGGGCGAGCAGGCAUCUCUAACUUAACCUGGGUGUAAUGUGGCUUCCGUAGCUCCUGGCCACACUGACUGGACAGGCCACAGGAAACAAUCACUCCAGCUCCCAUAGUGCUAGGGCUGGUCUUAUCUCCUGGGGGAAACAAUUAGCUUAUCUGGAGGCCAGCGUCCACUUUUCCAUUGCACAAGUUCUGUAGGAUUGGAAGGGCCCCAGGCCUCAGUGAAGUUUCAGACACAGAGUGGCGAAGGAAGAUGCUGCCAAUCCCAAGGAAAGUGGCCCAGAAACCGGAAGACAGGGUUAUCAGUCUGUCUGAGGGUCUGAGAGAUGAAGCAGUUGACCACGAGGUUGGACCUUGGAGUCAGUUUACUUCCCAAAUCGGGAAGACUACAGCGAUCCAGUCACGGUUCAAAGUAAUAGUGAGAGGACUUCCCCACCAACACACACUACCGUAGGCUGAUUAGGAGCCACAGUCACUCCUCAACCAAUGAAUGGAAAAAGUAAAUGUGGCAUGCCCAUACAGAUGGAAUAUUACUCAGCCAUAAAUAGAAAUUAAGGGUUGGGUGGUGGUGGCAUACUCCUUUAAUCUCAGCACUCAGGAGGCAGAGGCAGGAGGAUCUCUGUAAACUCUAGGCCAACCUGGUCUACAGAGGUAGUUCCAAGGCAGCCAGUGCUACACAGUGAAACCUUGUCUCAAAAAAAUGAAAGGUGGAAAGAGGAGGAAGAGGAAAAAGGAGAGGAAGAUGAGGAACUAAGGAUAUUUACAAUACACCAGGUGACCCCUGAGACUGUCAUGCUCAGUGAGAGGCCAGACAUAAAUGAUCAUGUUAUAGGGCCCUAUUUAUAUAUGUCUAAAAUAGGUAAAUCCUUAUUCUUUAAUUUGACAGAAAGAUUAGCGCUGCCAGGGAUUGGGAACUAGUGGCUUUUUUAGCACCCCGUGGGUACAGCCAAAGCUACCAGAUUGUGUGUCUCCAAGUAACUCAAUAUGAUACACGAGUCAUAUCUUUGUAGACUUAAAAACUGGGACCUUAAAACUAUCAAUAUACAACAAAGGUGAGUUCAUUGGCUGAACACUAAGAGCUAGGCCGAGCUGCAUGCAACUGCUGCAUGGUGGGGCUCACUGUCACCCCAUGUGCCUCCUCGAGGCUGAUCUAGGAGCCUCUUGUUGGAUCCUGCUGACCCAGCACAGCAGGUAGACUAGAGCCCGUUUGUUCUCUGACAAUGUCUUCUCUAGAGAGCCCCGACUAGUCUGGUUAGCCCUACCUCCCCUUCAGGUCCCUGGUACAUAGCUGUACACAAAGACAGGAAGAAAAGACCAGAAGACCCUAGAGGGAACAGAAGAAAGGGAUGCUCAGAUGCAGGAAGCCAAGUGAGGUCCUAGGUCUCAGACAUGCAGAGCUCAGCAGAUGUGAGAAUAAGGGCUGGGGAGAGAUCUGACCUGAGGGCAGGGACAGCUGUACAUCCAUGCCACACCUAAAGUCAGUCACAUGAAACCCUGCUGUCACUUAAAAUAAUUCUUCUUCUUCUUCUUCUUCUUCUUCUUCUUCUUCUUCUUCUUCUUCUUCUUCUUCUUCUUCUUCUUCUUCUUCUUCUUCUUCUUCUCCUCUUCCUCCUCCUUCUCCUCCUCCUUCUUCUUCUUUGUUGUCUUCUUUCUCCUUUGUUGUCUCCUCUUCCUUUUUCCUCCUCCCCCUCCUUCUCCAUCCCCCUUCUCUUUGGUGUUUGGAGAUUCAUCUAGUCUUGAUGUGAUUGUCUGCCAUUCCUUUUGCUCCUUUCCCUGAAUACUCAGGCCUGUAACUCAGGCUCUGAAGAGGAGUCUUCCUUACCCACUCAUGCCAUCUCUCUCCAGUCAAUACCCUGCCUUGACCCUCUCCAUGGGGGCUAAAACUAUUACUUAGAACUGUGCCAUAUGCUAGUGUUUAUCUCCUGUCUCCACCACUGAAUCUCAAGGCCCUGUAGGGUGAGGACCUGGCUUUCUGUAGAAGCCAUAGCUUAUCACUUUUUAAAAAUAUGUUUGUAUGGGUGUCUACAUGUAUACACGUGCAUCAUAUGUGUGCUUGAAACCCAAAGAAGCCAGAAGAAGGUGUUAGAUCCUCUAGAACUGAAAUUACAGGAGGCUGGGAACCACCAAAUGGAUUCUGAGAACCAAAUUCAGACCCUUUGCAAGAGCAGCCAGUGUUCUUAACCAAUGAGCUAACAGUGGUCUUGGGUUGUGUGAGAAAGGUAGCUGACCAAACAGAGAGAACAACCCAGCAAGCAGCAUCCCUCCAUGCUCAGAUUCAGUUCCUGCCCCCAAGUUCCUGCUUCAGUUCCUGUCAUGACUUCCCUUAAUGAAGAAGGGAAACUUGUAAGCCAAACAGACCCUUUUCUCUCCAAGCUGCUUUUGGUCAUGGGGUUACCACAGCAACAGAAAGAAUGUUCACUGGGUUUUCUUGCAUUUAUUACUUAUUUAUGGGGGUGGGACUUGAGUCCAGGGUGGAGGACAAUAGCAGGAGUCAGUUGUCUCCUUUUACCAUUUGAUCCAGGAAAUCAAACUCGAGUCAUCAGGCAAGCACCUGUACCACCCAGCCAUCUCACCAGCUGACUUAGGGUUUUAUUGCUUUGAAGAGGUGCCAUGACCAAAGCAACUCUUAUAAAGGACAACAUUUAAUUGGGGCUGGCUUACAGUUCAGAGGUUUAGUCCAUUAUCAUCAUGGUGGGAAGCAUGGCCAUGUGCAAGCAGACAUGGUGCUGGAGAAGUCAAGAGUUUUACAUCUUGAUCCACAGGCAGUAGAAGACACUGGGCAUAGCUUGAGCAUAUGAAACCUCAAAGUCCACAGUAGCUCACUUCCUCCCACAAGGUCACACAGACUCCAAUGAGGCCACAAUUUCUAAUAAUGCCACAUUCUACGGCCAAGCAUUCAAACACAUGAGUCUAUGGGGGCCAUGCCUAUUUAAACCACAACAAAGACAAAGUCUCUCUAUGUAGCCCUGGCUGGCCCAAAACUCUGACUUACAUCUAAGUCAGAGAGAAAUGGAUUAAAGGAGCGUACCGCAACACCCAAUUUGCAAGAAUUCCUUUGGAAAUGUUUUAGUUUGUGUUUCUCAGAAAUCACGCAUGUCAUCCCAACACUCAGUCACUGGGAGACCAGAGGAGCAGGAGUUUAAGAUCAUCCUUGGUUAGUUACAUAGCAAUUUUGAGGCCAGCCUGGUCUCCAAAAGACUCGUUUUCUGCCCUUCUUUUGUUUUGCUUUGUUUUUGAGGUGGAGUUUCUCUAUGUAUCCCUGUUUGGCCUAGAACUCCCUAUGUAGACCAGGCUGACCUCACACUUGAACUCUUAGAGAUCAACCUGCGUCCACCUCUGCAGCGCUGGGAUUAAAAGCUUGUUCCAUCACACCUGGCUCGUAAGAUUCAUUUUCAAAGAACCCCCUCCAAAAUUUUUUUUCUUAAAAAAUAAUUAGUGGUUGUGCUGGAUAGUGAGAUCUUAUCUCAACAAAAACAAAUAACAAUUUAAAAUGAGUCUAGUUUUUUUAAGAUUUAAAAUUUUUUAUAUGUGUGUUUAUGUCCAUGUGAUUACAUGCCCAGUAGGUAUACAUGGGGCUGAAGUCAGUGUGAACAUCUGACAGAGGUAGUUUGAGCAUCUGAUGUGGGGCUGAGGGCAGUGCGAGCAUCUGACAUGGGGCUGAAGGCAGUGUGAGCAUCUGACAUGGGGCUGAAGGCAGUGUGAGCAUCUGACAUGGGGAUGAAGAAAGUGUGAGCAUCUGACAUGGGGCUGGAGGUAGUUUGAGCAUCUGAUGUGGGGCUGAGGGCAGUGCGAGCAUCUGACAUGGGGCUGAAGGCAGUGUGAGCAUCUGACAUGGGGCUGAAGGCAGUGUGAGCAUCUGACAUGGGGAUGAAGAAAGUGUGAGCAUCUGACAUGGGGCUGGAGGUAGUUUGAGCAUCUGACAUGGGGAUGAAGGCAGUGUGAGCAUCUGACAUGGGGAUGAAGGCAGUGUGAGCAUCUGACAUGGGGAUGAAGGCAGUGUGAGCAUCUGACAUGGGGAAGAAGGCAGUGUGAGAAUCUGACAUGGGGCUGAAGGCAGUAUGAGCAUCUGACAUGGGGAUGAAGGCAGUGUGAGCAUCUGACAUGGGGAUGAAGGCAGUGUGAGCAUCUGACAUGGGGCUGAAGGGAGUGUGAGCAUCUGACAUGGGGAUGAAGGCAGUGUGAGCAUCUGACAUGGGUGCUGGGGACUGUGGAAGAACAGGAAGUGUUCUUAACCAUCUCUCCAGCCCUUCCUUGGUUUAUAGGUUUAUUCCCCUAUGAGCCAAUAAACAACAAAAGAUAAUUUUUUUUUCGGAGCUGAGGACUGACCCCAGGGCCUUGAACUUGCUAGGCAAGCACUCUACCACUGAGCUAAAUCCCCAACCCCAACAAAAGAUAAUUUUGACACUUCCUCUCCCCUGGCAAUGGGCAAAGAGACACCUUGUUGUUGUUGUUCUCAUAUCUGUCAAAGGCAGAGCAGACAAUAGUCCUUCGUCUAUCCUAGCUUGAUUCCUGGCUCGGUGGCCAAAACUUUCUUAUGCCUAUGACUCAUAAAAAUCAAAUCAAACCAAACUAACUAAAAUCCAGGCAUGGUGGCACUGGAAGGAGGAAGACAGAGAUCUGAGGACUGCCAUGCUACCCAGAGACCUGCCCUCCAGCACACGGCACAAGCAGGCCAUCGAUACCCACUUGCUGCCAUGCCAUGUAGCUCAGGUAUAAGAUGUCAACCAGGAGCUCACCGUUCGUGGCCAGCCUGCUGGAGCCACCACAGUGUGCGAGUAUGUGGUGGUCAGACGGAAGGGAAAGAGAGGCGGAGCAGCCUGAGCAUGAUGAAGAGAGAUGGAACUGGAGACUGAGGGUAGAGAGGAGUCGCCUGUUGUGAGUAGCCAAGCCUGCCAGCUGGAGAUUGAUGAGGUUCCAGCCUGAGCUGCCACUGAGGGAUGAGUCCAUAGAUUCGCAGUGUUCAUGUCCGUGGCUCCCAUUACCACUGGAGAACAUGGGGAAGUCCCUGGCUGGGGCAGCUGCCUGUGAUCAUACGAAUGCCCAGGAGCUGUGUGUAACUGGCCCCACCCCUCAGGGGAUGCAGAGUUCUGGAGAGAUGGCCCCAUCUCUCACCAGGCAGCAGCACUGAGGAGAGCAGGCCCUGAGCCUCACCCAGACAACAUAGCGGAGCUGGCUCUGGGACAGGAGUGCUGGUAAGCCAGCCCUGAAGGGAUGAGUGAGGGAGAACUGACCACGCCACUCAUCUGUCCUGUGAUUGUGUGGAUGCAGAGGUGACGCCUCUAUCCCUCUCCACUUCUGGCAGUGGGGAAAGCUGCUCACAGGGUCAUGAGCUCAGGAGUGCUAGCCCUAUCCCUCACCAGCUGCAGCCCUUGGGAGAGCAGGCCCUGCCCCUCACCUGAGCAGCAUAGCGAGCUGACUCUGUAUCAGGGAGCAGGUGAGCAAAUCCCCAGGGCAACAGCUUGGGGGCCUGGUCUGACACUCUUCUGUCAUGUGGUAUUUGUGUGGGGCUGAUGCCUUCCCCCUCCUUGCUCCUCAUUGUCUGUGGCAGUCUGGAGAGGUGGCUCUGGGGUUAUGAGAGUGGGAGAGCUGGCCCUGUCCCCUCACUAGCUGUAGUACUUGGAAGAGUGGGUUCUGGAAGCCUGGGUAAGGGUGAUCACUCAGGAAAGCAGGCCCCGUACCUCACCUAGGCAUCCAAUGGAGCUGGCUCUGGUUGGCCCGGGGGGGGAGGGUUGGGGGUGGGUGAGCUGGCCCUGACAGCAUGAGAGCAGGCUAGCUGACCCUGUCUCCUGCACAUGGUCGCAUUGGGUGGUCUAACCUGAGCAAUGCUGGAGCGUUCCCCCUGGUGGUGCGGAUGAGAGAGAGAGAGAGAGAGAGAGAGAGAGAGAGAGAGAGAGAGAGAGAGAGCGCCAGUGCACUGAGGAACUCAGCUAU